AUGAAACGUGGGCAUCGUAAAUUACCUUUUAGUGGGAAAAAAAAGAAGAAACAGUUACAAGACAAACGUGCAAGACUUGCUAAUAAACGAGACGAUGAUUCAAACGAGGGAGAUUUUGAAACGGAAGUUAAUGAUAGUUUACAACAAAAAAAUACAAAUGAAAAAAAUCUCAAGAAAAAAAUCGAAGCAAGUUCCUCACAAAGCAUCAAUGAUACUGUUUCUAUUAAAGCUCAAGACAUCACUAGGUUGAAUUCUGUAUUUGAGAAACAAACACCUCAAGAAAUCAGAAAACUACGAAAUGAAAGCAUGAUACCUUUUACACGUCUUCCUUUGACAGCUUUAGAAGUAUCUAAAGAAGAGAGCUACACAACCAUCAUCGAUUUUCCCAAAAGACCACCAUGGAAUUAUGAUAUGACAAAAGAAGAGUUGGAAAGCAAAGAAAAACAUUAUUUUCAAGAAUGGCUCAGCAAUAUAUAUGAACAAUAUCCAAAAGAAGAAUUGAGUUUUUUUGAACAUAAUCUUAACGUUUGGCGUCAAUUAUGGCGGGUUCUCGAAAUUUCAGACAUUUUUUUGAUUUUAGUUGACAUAAGACACCCUUUAUUGCAUUUUCCUCCUUCGCUUUAUGGUUAUAUUGUUAAUCAGUUGAAGCCUUAUUUACAAAAAAGAACUAAACGGCCUAGAAAAAGAUAUUACCAGCCUGUAGGAAUUAAAGAUUUUUUGACCGAAUGUAGUAAUUUAAAGUUGAAUAAACUCGGUGUAGAAGUCGAUUGGGCAAGUUUAAUACAAGAGUAUUCAUUAAGAGAACAAAAUAAAGAAGAAGAAAUUUAUGUUAAUGAGGAAGGGAAUGACAAGUCUCAAAAUGAAUUGAAUAAUAGUGAUGUUAAUCAAAUAGAGACACAAUUAAAAUUAUUAGGCAUUCAAUGUGAAACGACACCUAGAAAUAAUUUAAUUACAAUUGGUUUAAUAGGACAUCCAAAUGUUGGAAAAAGUAGCUUUAUAAACAGUUUUAUGGGUAAAACUGUUGUAAGCACUUCAAGAACUCCAGGCCAUACAAAACAUUUUCAAACCAUUCAUCUAUCUGCUAAUGUUAGAUUAUGUGAUUCUCCUGGAUUAGUUUUUCCAAGUCUAUUAUCAAAACAAAUCCAGAUUUUAUGUGGACUAUAUCCAAUUUCACAAGUUCAAGAACCUUAUAGUUCUAUUAAAUAUUUGGCAGAAAGAAUUCGCUUAGAGAAUAUAUUGAAAAUUCAACCCCCUGAAACAAAAAAUGAGUAUAAAUGGUCUGCAUGGGAUAUUUGUGAAGCAUUUGCUAUUAAACGAGGCUUCUAUAGUGGAAAAUCUGCAAGGCCAGAUUCUUAUCGUGCUGCAAAUGCAAUAUUGCGAUUGGUUAUCGAUGGUCGUAUUUUGCUUUCUUUUAAGCCUCCUGGAUUUUCCAACCAAUCAUAUUUAGAGUCCACAUCUAAUAACAUUAGAUUCCACUUAGCAAGGCUAUCUAAUUUAAGCACAUUAAAAUCAUCAAAAACUGAAAAUAAUGUUGUUGCUGUAUCAAGAAAACAACCCACAUUAUACAUACCUUUGAAAUCUAGAGUAGAAAUUCACAAAAAUACUGAAACUCGUGGCGUACAAUCCAAAAACGAUGAUAACAAGCUUACCAAUACAAAAUAUAAUUUUAAUUUAACAAACAAAAACCAGCAAAUUGAUUCAAAUGAUUCAAAUACAAACAUCAUAGCUGCAAAAACAAAGCAAGCAUUUUUAAUUGAUCCAGUAUUGGUUACAACUACUGAAUCUAUAAAUUAUGAAAAUAAGAUAGAAACGUUAAGUUCAAAGAAACCAAAAACUCAAGAAUGGGAUGAUCUUGAUUCAGAGGAGAUGGAUGAUCCGAUGAUGGUGGCAGAGUAUGCAAAUGAAACCAUGCCAAUACGUGAUUACAUGAAGGGUCAAACAGAAUUGAAUUGGAAGAUGAGAACAAUUCUUAUUAAUUGGAUAAUUGAAAUACAUUAUAAAUUUGAUCUACUUCCUGAAACACUGUUUCUAUCAGUAAACAUUCUUGAUAGAUUCCUUUCUGAGAGUGUAGUGAAAAUGGCAAAGUUACAACUUGCAGGAAUCACUGCUGUUUUUAUCGCAUCGAAAUAUGAAGAAAUGGCGGCACCAUCAAUCACGAAUUAUUUAUAUAUGUCUGAUGGUGGUUAUGCCGAAGAAGAAAUUCUCAAAGCUGAAAGAUAUGUUUUACAAUUAUUAAAUUACAAGUUGUGCUAUCCAAAUCCGAUGCAUUUUCUUCGAAGAAUUUCAAAGGCUGAUCAAUAUGACAUUCGGUCUCGUACUCUUGCCAAAUAUUUGAUGGAGAUAACACUUAUAGAUCAUAAUUUUGUAUCAUGUAGACCUUCGAUGAUUGCUGCAUCUUCAUUGUACCUUGCUCGUAUAAUGCUUAAUUGUGGUGAAUGGCAUUCCAAUUUGAUCCAUUAUUCCACCUUUACGGAACAAGAAAUCAUACCAUAUUCAGAUAUGAUAUUAAAAUAUUUGGCCAAAGAUAAAAACAUUAACUAUGCUUUCCGAAAAUAUUCCACAAGUAGAUUCAUGAGA